AGGCAGCGUAGGCCUAGCGGUCGGCCGCCACCGAGCGUUGUCUGGGCACUGCCCGUCGCCGAGCCUCACGCCGUGCCGGCUCGGGCCGGCGCGCGCCGGUUCCGGAGGCGAAGGCCAUCUUCUUGAAAUCAUGAAUCCUGUUUAUAGCCCUGGAUCUUCUGGGGUUCCCUACGCAAAUGCCAAAGGGAUUGGGUAUCCAGCCGGUUUUCCUGUGGGCUAUGCAGCAGCGCCUGCCUAUUCUCCUAACAUGUACCCUGGAGCGAAUCCUACCUUCCAAACAGUGCUGGAGAUUGAACCCAGGGUCUUGCACAUGUUAGGCUACACUCCUGGCACACCUUACAAAGUGUCCUGUUCCCCAACCAGCGGAGCUGUGCCACCAUACUCCUCCUCCCCGAAUCCUUACCAGACGGCCGUGUACCCAGUGAGAAGUGCCUACCCCCAACAGAGCCCGUAUGCUCAGCAAGGCACGUACUAUACACAGCCUCUGUAUGCAGCACCCCCGCACGUCAUUCACCACACCACUGUGGUGCAGCCCAAUGGCAUGCCAGCCACGGUCUACCCUGCUCCCAUCCCUCCUCCUAGAGGCAGUGGGGUCACCAUGGGCAUGGUUGCUGGGACCACGAUGGCCAUGUCAGCAGGUACCCUGCUGACUGCUCAUUCUCCAACUCCUGUAGCCCCUCACCCGGUCACUGUCCCCACAUACCGAGCCCCAGGAACGCCCACUUACAGCUAUGUGCCCCCUCAGUGGUGAUUACCCUGCAAAUUAAUAUUGAGGAUGGAGCUGUGCAGUCACUUCAUUGAGUCCCACAGCUGGUGCUGCAGGCCUUGUGCCUCCAACCAGGACUUUCUUCUUAAUGCUCUCGACACUUAGCUAAACACAACUGCGUCCCAGCCCAGCAGGCCCCAGCUCGCUAGUCUCCACGUAACUCCGUGGGUUGGUUUUAAAGCAAAUCCUGUUUUGUGGACUGCCUGGCACAUUUUUUAGCUAACUGUAAUGAUAAAAAGGGAGUAUUACUCUAUUCUGAAUUAUAUCUAGUUGAAUGCAUGUUUAUAAAAAACAAACACAAAAACAAAGCUUGCUCAAUCUACCUGCAGUGACUGAUGCAAAACAUAUGCAAAACCCAAAGGACUGGACCGUGUUCUACAGCCUGUGUCACUCAUGCACUCCUGUCAUGUAUGCUGAGUCUCAGAGUUACAUGUGUGCAAGUGAAUGUCCUCAUUGAAGCAUUUGGAGUACUGGGGGGGAUUCUUGGGGUGCUGGGGUUACCAGUUAGGGACACAGACUUGUACUUGUCAGCAGUCUGG